CCCUCUAAUAUAACCUUUUAAAGGAAAACUCCCUCUCGAGCUGCCGGCUUCAACAAAAACCAGCAUCGUUAAAUUCCUUCCCAUUUCUCUCCUUUCUUCCCAAAAUCCCCCAAAAAACUAUGGCAUCUUUCACCACCACAUCUCUAAUUCAUGCCCAAAAACCCCUUCCCCUUCCCUUCUCCCACUCAAAACCCUUACCAAAAACCCACUCUCUUAACUUUUCUUUCCCAAAAUCCCCCAAAACCAACCCUAGUAUUAGUGUCAGGGCUUCUUCUUCUCAUCCUCCAAAACCCUCCCCAAACCCUCUCCUCCAAGCACUAAAAUCCACCUCCAAAACCCUAAUCCUCUCCGCUGCUGCCGCCGCUUUCAUCAUCGGAAAAUCCUCCCAAUUUCCCGCCAACGCUGAACCUCCGGUUUCAGUUGCUGAAGAGAAACUGGAAGAAUCGGAAUCCGAUCAAUCGCCGCUCUCGGAAUUCCUCGAAUCCCACACUGACGCUGUCGACUCCUUGAAAUCCCUCCUUCAGCAGAAGCUCGAAGCCGGCGAGGACUCCGAAGCGCUGACGAUCCUGAAACGCCUUGCCUCAGCCCAGCCGUCGCAGCUUGACUGGAAAUUCCUCAUGGCUCGCCUCUUCAACGAGAUGGGUGAGACGUCGGAGGCACGGAGAGUCUUCGAAGAGAUCCUGGCCGUCAAUCCCCUCUCCUUUGAAGCGCUCUUCGAGAAUGCGCUGCUGAUGGACCGGUGCGGAGAGGGCGAUGCGGUGAUCCAACGGCUGGAAGAGGCUCUGAUUAUUGCAAAAUCAGAGGAGAAAGAGAGAGAGGCGCGGGACGUCCGUCUGAUUAUGGCGCAGAUCCAGUUCCUGCAGAAGAACGUGGAGGAGGCACUGAGAAGUUAUAGGGAGCUAGCGGAGGAGGAUCCUAAGGAUUUCCGGCCGUAUUUCUGCCAGGGUGUGAUUUACAGCCUUUUGGAUAGGAACAAGGAGGCGAGGGAGCAGUUCUCAAAGUAUCAUGAGCUGUCGCCAAAGAAGUUUGAGGUGGAGGGAUUCUUGCAGACGCCGCUGUCGAGGAUGAAACUUUUCGGGUCAGAUUCAGAGAAUUGACAAAAUACACAUAACAGAGAAAUUGAAUAAUUGAGGAGGUGAGUUUUUCUUCAGUUUCUUUAUAACGCGAAGAGAGCCUCUGCGAAAAAUUUUGUACCGUUUCUCGUUUUUCUGUUAAGCUUAUAGUAAUGAUGUUGAAUAACGAUGACAGAUUUGCAGGAAAUGUAACAGAGAAAUCUUUUUGAAUUUUAAAGGCCAUAUUAUAUAGUUCA